AUGUUCGGUCCAUAUGAAAAGGAAUGGGACGAGAUGUACGAGCUCUUCGAUGAGAAAAGAGGUAAUCCUACACGAGCUUUGGGUAAACUUACAGAAAUGUCUUUUCAUCUUGACAACUAUGAGGUCCUAAGAGCUCCGAGACCUCAACGCGAACGCGGUCCCAUGGCUAUUAUGAUGCGAGAUCAAAUAAUGCGCGACCCGAAAUUCGAGCGCAAUCUUCAUUUUCUCUCUGUCGUACUCAGAGAAACGAAUACCCGGAAUCCCGAGGACAAGAUCUUCUGUAUCUUGCCAUCAUUACACGAGAGAGAAAGAGAGCUUAUCACCACUGGUCGUGCGAAAUCAGUCUCUGAAGUCUUUGUCCAAGCAACAUAUGCAUCAAUAGCGUCAACAGGAAGUCUGGAAAUCUUGAGUUUAGUACCAAGCCUAUCGUCACGAAAAGAUGGAAGUCCAACAUGGGCAGUCGACUUUACAUUCCCAGAGAAGUACAAAGUCCGCUCUCACCAUUUUCCAUCAGGUGGACGACGAGAGAGACUUCACGACUGGGUUAGCGGACCGGUUCAGGUUUCGUAUCCCUUCGCUUCAUAUGGGAUCUUUGAAUUCUCAACUCGUCAACGCAACUGGUGUCAUAAACACCCCGAGAUAGCUGCUAGGUCUAUCUUCGAUCCGCAUAAUCACCAGAAUCUAGCGUUGACGGGCUUAGAAUUCGAUUAUAUUCAAGAUACGAUGGGAGUCGACCGGUCUGCUACACUGCAUAAUCUAAGACCAGACCUAACGUGGGUUCAAGGGUCCAUAAAUCUGAUGACUGCGAGUUCAACAAGCAAGCUAGUGUCAGGGCUUGAUUCAUUAUACUUUGACUCGGCAGAACGAGAAGUCAAAGCUUCUAUCAAGAAGAGAGCCUCUCAUGGUUGUCCAUAUAAUCAAAUUGGUACAUUUGAGAGAUCGAAAGAUAAUGCAGAAUGUCUUCCGAAUGGAAAGGCUGUCCGGUUCACCAUGCUUGCAGCUCUUUUUAGAGUAUGGGAUAAGUUAAACAAGCCCCCAGACGCGAAAAGGAAAGAAUCUCUUGGUCCUGCUACGUGGACACAGAUAAAAAAGGAAUGGUCAAAAAUGAAUACAGAGACGAAGGCUGAGUCGGGGGAGGAUAAGGUCUUUGAUAAAUCACUCGAAGGUACAGAAGACACAGGAGGCGGCGAAUGGUUCGAGUGGUUUUGCAACGCUGGAUUUCUUCUGCUCUUCUAUCUAGAAACACGAGAAGCUUCUUUCUUUGUUACUGGGGCUGGAUUUCUCGGUGUUGGACCGGCAGAUCUUAAACCAGAUGAUAAGAUUGUUCUCUUUUAUGGAAGUCGAUAUCCAAUUGCACUGAGGCGCUCUCCGCAGGGAUCAAAGUGGUAA